AUGGCCGAAGCUCUUGAGGUUGCUGCCAGCGGUAUUGCUGUCGCGCAAAUUGCUAUGAAAGAUGUUCCCGACGGCAUUGCUGAUCUAAUGGACCAGAUUGACUGUCUAGAUCCCGUCUUGUGGGAAGUCGAAAAUGGGUUUAAUAAGGGCGAACUACCGUCGAUGCUCUGGGAUGACCUAGCUUCCAAGUCAACCACCAGAUAUUGCCGCAAGGCUCUCGAGAACCUAACUGCAAUGGUUGAGGAGUUAAAUCUUCAAAUCAGCAGCGCUAAAAAGGGUCGGAGGAAGAUAACAGCAAUUAAGGUCCUGCUUAAGAAGGACUCCAUCAAGAAGCUAGAAAGACGGCUUGAGAAUGCUGUCCGAAUGCUAACAUUAGCUCAGCAAUCUUAUCUGGUCGCGCUCACCCAAGUCCAACCUGAUAUUAUCGUCCAGAAAUUUACAACUCUUACAAUCCGUAGGAAUCAGUACGAGUCCCAAGAGACAUCAGAUUAUGCAUCGGAAUCGGAGGUGCAGACGGUUUCAAGGUUAUGCCAUAAGCAUCAAGAUACCGAUAUAUCUAUGAAGCCUCUCUGGGCAUUUGGAACAGGAUGGAUCCGGCCUACAAUUUUUGGCAGGGUUUGCUUCGAAUCUUUCGCGGCGGGCAGCAGAAUCCUAUUUCAAGCGCCAGCAUGGCUCUCUCGUCGGUCAUGGGAACUGCAUAGCAUUAAGGCGAAUGGAGCUUGGCAAUUUAACCUGAGGUCCUAUAGGCUCAUUCCGAAAGAGAGUGAACUUAUAUCAUUAGUACGGAAAGGAUCCCCCCAAGAUAUUCAGAGGCUCUUUGAUGCAGGAUUGGCAUCUCCGUACGACUACACUCGUGAUGGACAGACUUUACUUCAGUACGCACUUCGUAGCCAUAAUAUUGAAGUAGUAAAAUAUCUAAUUAGAAUCGGCUUAAGUGGUCUUGCAGAGGAUGUGAUAAAAUGGUCUUAUGUACUUUUUGACGUAUUCACUGGUGCCCCCCAGACAUCCUUCUUUACUAAACAGGUUACUUCGGACCCGUCCCUUGCUGGACACCUUCUUGGAUACCCUGAGGAUCCCAAAUAUGACGACAAUAUGAGAUGUCUGCUUUCCAGAUGCAAUUGUCAAACCGGUUCUUAUAACCCAGCGGUUAACGAGGCACUACUCCCAUAUCGAUGUCCGUCUCAUCGAAGUACUUCACUCCGUUCGCGGCUCGAGCGAGCUAGAGAAGUCCUAAAACGUAAAGGAAGCAUCGAGGUAUUCAGAUUAAUUCUUGAGCCAGAUUGGAGUACUAAUCCCAAAGCCGUUCAUUCUCAUGCGAUCCUUCCCAUCAUUACUGUAGUCGCAUACAGGUUAGGGGCCGCCGUAGCUGAUUUAUUACGGGAUUACGAAAGCCUUUCUAGGCCGAUUAACAUCAAUCACUUAAAUGCGAGUGUUCGUGACUAUUUUACAUUUACAGUCGACAUCAUCAAGGAGACUCCUAAUAUUCACGUUUUCAGUUCUGAUCGGCACUACCCAUCCAAAAUUAAGGGUACAGCCAUGGCUUACGUGAUUCGUGGGAUAACGGGCCAAAUGUUUUGGUACCAAAUACGACCAUGCCUUGCAUCUAAACUUGUAAGGCUGUGGCUAGAGGCACUAAAGCAGGCCGGCAUUAAUCUGGAAGCCUAUGGCCGACGCGAAAAAGAGAUUUUUGCUGGAAAGAGUUAUGAUAUACUCGCUGGGAACGGUAGUGAAAAGCGCCUUGUCGACUUCAGGUAUGGCCCAGAACCCGAAGAUUGGGAAUUUUAUUUUGGCGAGCCCAUAGAUGAUUAUGUCGGCGAGUUCUGGAAACUGGUUGAGGACCCACCUCUCCGUGUUCCGGGGGCUUGGGCCGAUGAUGAUAAUCAUUAUGACGGCGACGACUACAAUGGCAAGUGUUGA